AUGGCACGUCCCGACAAACAGUCUAAUGGCCACAACGGACAGAAACUUUUAUCAUCUGCCGAGCCGCCGCCGCUCGGAGUUCACGUUUUAACUUUUAUUUUACUCAACGUUAGUAUUUACGUUACGUUUACGAGAUGCGGAGUAACAAGCUCUUUGCCGUUGCUCAUUGGUACAGAGGCUGUGGAAAAGGUCCACAAAUUCACCUACCUGGGAAGCGUAGUGUCGGAGACUGGAGGAACCGAAGAAGACAUCGCUUCGAGAAUUGCCAAGUCAAGAGCAAUCUACACACAGCUCCGUCCUGUGUGGCAGUCGCGAAAACUAACCAAGAGAGUUAAACUCAAAAUAUUCCGGUCCAAUGUCAAAACUGUGCUGCUGUACGGAUGCGAGACGUGGAAGGUGACAAAGGACAUCUCGCACCGACUCCAGGUCUUCGUCAAUCGGUGUCUUCGCCGUGUCCUCGGUGUUUACUGGCCUGAGAAAAUUUCCAACGUAGAUCUGUGGAAACGCUGCGGUGAGACUGCGAUUGACCAACAAAUUAAACGCCGCAAGUGGAAAUGGAUCGGCCACACGCUCCGAAGGGACCCUGAGCAUAUACCGAGGCAAGCCCUAGAUUGGAAUCCCCAAGGAAAGCGGAAACGUGGCCGCCCUAAGCAGACCUGGCGGUGGACCGUCGUCGCAGAGGCAAAGAACAUCGGGAAGACCUGGUGCGAAAUAAAACGCGAAGCUCAAGACCGAGUGGGAUGGCGGCGCACUGUGGAUGCCCUCUGCCCCAUCUAG